UCCAAUUUCCAAUUUCCAAUUUCUAAUUUCUAAUUUCCAGUUUCUAAUUUAUAAUUUAUAAUUUCCAAUUUCCAAUUUAUAAUUUAUAAUUUCCAGUUUCUAAUUUACAAUUUCUAAUUUAUAAUUUGAUUAAUUUAUUUUUGGUAAAAUUUUCGGAAUGUAUCUCGUGUGCCUUCGACUGAAGAAUCUUCUAAUGUUACUCAUUUACUCCAGAGAAGUCCUCAGCUUCUUAUCAAAUCACUAAAAAUCAACCAACAAUUCUUCCAACAAUUCUUCCAACAAUUCUAUUAUAAUUUAUAUUAUAAUUUGAUUAAUAUAAUUGAUUAAUAAUCGUUUGAGAAAAUUCUAUUGAGGGAUUGAAGUUGAUGGAUUAUGUUUUUGUCUGUUUGUGUAUGGGCGAGGUAUGGUUCGAGUAAGGGCCGUGGCCCUCUCCUUGCCAAAUUUGCCCCUAUCGGCUUUAAGAAAGGCUUCGGCGCCGUCGGUCUCGGACGACACACCAAAAAAGGAUUUUUCUUGAUAAAUAAGAUGUUGGUCCCGAAUUUGCAUGUCCCUGAGGUCAUGAAUGAGAAUCUGAAGCCUUACGUGUCACCGAAGACGCCCAGGCUCAGGCCAUUCAGGCAUUACCACUGACCCAAACCUACACCUUAAAACCAAUAGAUUUAAUCUAUUACAUGUAAAUUCA